UCUCGCUGCUCUGUAACCCACCAAUAGAAUGCAAGUAUUGGCGAGUGGCCGCGCUUUGAUUGGCUGAAGGGUAAGGAUCCCUGUGCACCCUUAAUGUGCGAUGGGAGAUGGCGAGUCGGAGGCAAGUGGUGGCUUGGCUCAGUAAAGCGGAGUGGGAGCAGGUUUUGGAAUAUCUAUACAGUAGGGACUGCAAACUGCAGCGAGAUGCGCUACACAGGAUAUCUGCCUGGAAGAGCAGGUAUGGCAACAGCAUGCCUCUUGCAGUGGAGUGCACCGCUGACCUUGUGCGCUGCAAAAUCCUGGACAUGAGUGGAGGAAUGGGGGCAGAGGAACUUGUGCUGCUCUAUGGACUUGCCCUUGUUAGGUUUGUUAAUUUAAUAACUGAGCGCAAACAGAAAACGGUCGCUAUUCCUUUGCGGAGACUGGCUAAUGAGUUGAAGAUCCCAGAAUGGGUGGUGAACCUGCGACAUGAAUUAACCCAUGGAAAAUUACCCAAACUCUGCAUGUGCAGGAAAGGGUGGGACUGUGUGAUGGAGUGGCUGAGGCGUGAGUACUGGUCCCGCCAGUUGGGGAACACACCAUCCACACACUGGGGGUCAGAUGAAGAGGACUCUGAAGAUACAGAGGAUGUUCUUGCACCUCUCUCAGUUAAGGAACAGAAAAAACAGACUCUUACUGGUAAACUCAGAGAUGCCCUACGCUCUUAUAUAACUGAGCAGUUCAAGAUUUUUCAAGAACUUCAACAGGAGGAGAAAUCAAUGAAGCAGUGGAAUUCUACUGCGGAGCUUGAAUGGCUUAUUGCUCAGGUCAAAGAUCUGUCACGUCAAAAUGGGCCAGACACAUCUGCUGAGAUGCUAUUAGAGGAAGGAUUUCUUAUACCCACCACAAAACAGCUUUUAACUCUCCAAAUUGACAAGGAAGCAAACUUGGAAAACAUGCACGUCCCUCGCACAUUUUACCGCAUGUGGCUUCCGUUAUUGAAGGUGUUGCAUUCGCAGGUGUUUACGCAGGAGCUACUGGAGACCAUGUUUGUCAGCCUGGGGCAGUGCAUGGACCAAAACCUCAGGGCCCACUACCUAAGUUGCUGGAUCUAUGACCUGUUGCUAGCCAAUCAGCGUGCUGGUGAUAAAAAGAACUCGCAAAACUCCCGCAAUCAAACUGCUGCUAAAAAUAAGUUGAAAUUGUUUACUCACAAAGUUUUUCUCCAGUGGAAAAGGCUAAUGCAAAAAUGCUUGGAAUCUCCAUGCCGGGCGACCCCUAAACUCCUAGAGCUAAUCUUUGAGUACAUGAAGCCGAGCAUUCCUGCCAAUACACAGGAGCAGCUGCUUUCCCUCUGCUCCCUGUAUGUUCAGAAAGGAGUGUACGACCGCUCUCUAGACUACCGGGAUCAGCCAAUCUACACUGUGGAAAGCCUGGAGUGGAAAAUCAAGCAGGAUUCCAAGAGUAGAGCUUACAAUCAUUGGGAUAGUCCAGCAGCGCAGGAGGACGGCGAUCAGGAAAUGAGCGAACAAACGGAGGAUGAAGAAAUGGCCACUGAGGAGUCGUAUGAUGAGGAGUGCUUUGACGUGAUAAACGCAAAUCUAUCUGCAGAUAGGAGAGCUGCGUUACAUGGAUCCCCAUGGGAAGUCAGUGAAGAGCUUGUGAAAUGGAGCGAGUAUCCUCUUGGGCUUGUCCCAGGGCAAACAGAGGAUCCAGGCUGCCUCCUGGUGGAUAAUUAUUCAGAGAUGUCUGUGUUGGAGCAGCAGGGAACAGAGACCCAGAUGAAUGGGCACAGCUUUACCUUGAGCUCCCCUGCUGUCGCUCCCACCCCAUCUGAAAAUCUGCUGUGGAGUCAGAAUGAACUGGAUGAAAUCAAAGCCGGCCUGCGGCUCUUCUGAGGACGUCUCUUUAUUUCCCUAGAUGCCCCGGCCGGAUUGGAUCCUGUGCAAGAUGUGCUGGAGACACUGCAAGGUUCCACUGACCCUGUAAUACUGCGGCAUCAAUGUGCUCUAAAAAUACAAAGUGUGUUAUUAGCAGAUGUGUUCCUUCAUUUUCUACGUCUUUGUCACUGCCUGACAGCCAGACCUACAUAUGUCUGCCAACGAGAAAGAUUCCAUUUCAACAUGCAGAAUCUGCAUAAACUAUUGUUUCACCCACAUUUCAUUUAAUGGAAGGAACAUCCAUGUUGUUUUUUUAUUUGUUU